AUGGUGGACGUGGAGGACGAGAGUAUUUUGGCGUCUCUCUUCAGGGACUCGGUCCAGGACGGCUGGAGAGAGAACCCGGACUUCACGGCGUACCUGUCCGAGCUGAGCUCUCUGGGUCUGGAGAACCUGGUCCGGGAGCCGGAGCGCCUGGAGGAGGAGCGGGCUCAGAUCCUGCAGCAGACCCGGGACCUGGCCUUCUCCAACUACCAGACUUUCAUUCGGACCGCCGACUGUACCCGGGACCUGUACCGGGACUUCGGGCGGGUGGAAGACAGCGUGACCCGGCUGCUGGAGAAACUGCCGCGGCUCGGAGAGCGAUGCAGGGUGUUCAUGCAGGAGGCGGAGCAGAUCUCGACGUCGCGGCGGCGAACCAGCCUGACUCUGAACCGACACACGGAGAUCCUGGAGGUCCUGGAGAUCCCGCAGCUGAUGGACACCUGCGUGCGGAACGGCUACUGCGAUGAGGCGCUGCAGCUCGCCGCCUACGUCAAGAGGCUGGAGAAGAAACACGCGUCACUUCCUGUCAUCCAGGACAUGGUGGGCGAGGUGCGCCAGUCCACCCAGCUGAUGCUGAACCAGCUGCUGCAGCAGCUGCGCAGCCAGGUGCAGCUGCCCGUCUGCCUGCGCGUGAUCGGCUACCUGCGCCGCAUGGACGUCUUCACGGAGGCGGAGCUCCGGCUGAAGUUCCUGCAGGCCCGCGGCUCUUGGCUCAGGACCCUGCUGGCUCAGGUCCCCGACGAAGACCCCUACACCCACAUCACCAAGACCAUCGAGGCCUACAGGGUCUACCUGUUCGACAUCAUCACGCAGUACCGCGCCAUCUUCUCCGACGACGAGCCACUGAUGCCUCCGGGCGGCUGCUGGGCGGCGGUGAACGAGGGCGCCAUCUUCCACGGCUGGGUGGUGCAGCAGGUGUCGCAGUUCCUGGCCACGCUGGAGCAGGACCUGCAGCGGGGCGUGGGCGGCCGGCUGGACUCGCUCCUGGGUCAGUGCAUGUACUUCGGCCUGUCCUUCAGCCGGGUGGGCGCCGACUUCCGCGGGCAGCUGGCGCCCAUGUUCCAGCAGGUGGCGGCAGCCACGUUCCGCGGUGCCGUGCGGGAGGCGGCAGAGCAGUUCCGGGAGGACAUGAACGUGUACACGCUUGUCGCCCUGCCCGCUGUCCUGGGGGGCAGCGUUCCUGCGCCGGCGCCCAUGGUUCAGCCCGCCACACUGCAGCCCCCCAUGACCCUGCUGGACUUCCCGCCGCUGGCCUGCUUCCUCAACAACGUCCUGGCGGCCUUCAACGACCUCCGGCUCUGCUGCCCGCUGGGGCUGGCCGAGGACGUGACACGGACUCUAGAGGGCGCACUCCAACAGGUGACGCAGCAGAUGGUGUCUUUCCACCGGGCAGAGGCGUCGGCGUUCAGCCAGCAGGAGGAGCAGCAGUUUGUGCUCAUGUGCAGCGCCUUCGCCGACGACAUGCUGCCCUUCAUCAACCGCUGCCUGCAGCUGCUGUUCCCGGCCUCGCAGCUGGCGCUGGUCCUGGGCGUCCCCCCCUCCCAGCUGGCCAGGUACCCACACCUGGGUGUCGUCGACGUGGCAGCCGUCCUGGAGCCGCUGGACUUCGUGCUCCCGCGCAAAGACACUUUAACGCCGGAGUUGAAUGUGGAGCUGAGCCAACUGAACUUUGACCCGGUCGCUGAGGACUCACCCUCUGACCUGGACCCGGGGAGCCCUAGUCCCCCUGAGGUCAGUGCUGAGGAGAAGGAGGGGGCGGAGCCUCAGCAGUGAGGGAAGCUUUGGUCGAAUAUUUCUUUAUUGCAACAACAAAUAAAAAUAUUUGGGGGGGGAUUUUUUUUUUCUCCAGUUUAAUGUUCUGAUCCGAAACGGCCAUGUCACUUCUUCUUGACGAACUUCUUGCGGCUGGCGUUGGGGUUGACCCGCCUCCUGCCGGCGCCGCACUGCCCGUCCCGCAGGUGGAGGCUGGCGGCGCGGCUGUAGAUGUCGUUCUGGGAGAAGGGCGAGGAGCCGGAGACGUAGUCCGGGUCGAAGACGUCGGUCUUCUGCCGGGCCUUCUGGGAGAGUCGCUGCUGCGGGAAGCGCUGGUCCUCCACCAGCUGAGGGUUGCUGCUGUGUUUGCCCCCUUGUGGCAGAGGGAGGGAGUGCUGCCAACACAAACAGGGCGGCGGUCAAAUUCCCGAGCCGAGCACAGGUCAGAGGUCCUCACCCGGAGUCCUCGCGUGUUCAGCACUUUGGGGUUCCUGGAGAAGUGCAUCUGCAGGCUGCCGUCCUGGCUCAGCGUCACCGCCACCUUCUUCAGUGUCUUGUUGCCGCAGUGGGGGCAGAACUGCUUGCUCAUGUUGCUGGUGCUCCUGCAACACAACCAGGCUCAGCGCAGGCACGGCGCCCCCCACAGGCCGACACUCAGACUCACUUGAAGCAGGCGUGGCAUCGCAGGAUGUAGUUUCUCGCCUGCUUGAUCAACAUUCCGUCCACCGACAAAACGUUGAGGCCGAUCUGGACCAGAACGUUCUGGAACACACAGGAGAGCCACGUGAGGACCGACACUCUUUCAUCCGAGCCACUAGAGGGUGCUGUCUGCUCUAAAACCUUUCAGCAAGCAUUUCUAUGGAACUUCACAUCGAGAGCCACCGACUGAGCUCUGGAGGUGCCUUCAAACGUGUCUGGCCUUCACUGACCUGCAUGGCAAAAUCGGUGGUCAAACACCCGACUUUGACUUGUGCUGGCGUUCUCCAGUCGGCAGAGUCCAUCUUCACCUGUCCAAUGUUGCUGGGAGUGAUCCAGCCUUCGUCGUCGUCCUCCUCC